GAUUGCACAAAGCCGAGCCUGUUCGAAAAAAAAAUUAGAAGCGGAAACGGGUUUUACUUUUACUAGCGACUUUAGAGCUCAACGCUUAGCAGUUAAGCCAGCAGUCUGGACUUGCAACCGCAUCGUAGCGAACCGUUUUUCGAGUCUCCGAAUCCGUGCCAGCGCAUCGCUAAAUCCACUGAAAAGCCAGGCAGAGCAACUGCGGGGGCGUUAGCAUCGUGGGAAAGAGCAAUAUAAACAAACGGAGGCGGGAUGUCGAUGAGCAAUUUAUCAAUAGACGGCGAGUUCCGCUACAUAAUUCAGUGGUUCAACGAGUGGAGCGAGCUGCAGCGGGAUGACUUUGUCUACGUUUUCGUGGAGUACCUGGCCCGGGGAUCCAGUUCUGCCGCCAGUGAUGGCCAGGUGAAUGGAUUGGUCAACUCGCUGGCCAACGCAGCAGUGCAGGACAAGCCCAUGAGCCUGUUCCAGUGCCGCAUUAAGCUAUUCCGUGAAUGGAGCCCCAAGUGGCCGAUCGAGUUCAAAUGCAAGCUGCAGGAGAAGAUCAGUGAGAUCGACGCGAAGGUGGGGGAGAAAAUAAUCAAUGAGCUUCGGGGGCCCCAUUCCGUGCACAAUGGCGACGUAGCCGUGCAUUUAAAUGCAAAUGGAGCGAGCGAAGAGGGCGGCGACUCCGAACUGGAGCAGAUGCCAGAGUCAGAAGUGACGGAGGUCGCCGCUUUGGCGACGGGGCAACUUGCAGCUGAUCCAGCUCCCGAAGCAGAUGACAAUCGCUUGGCGGCGGUCUUAAGCCAAGAAACGCCCGUUGAUGACGACGACGUGGAAAAGUCUGCCGGUGAAGAUUGCAAUAGCAAUGCCGAUGUAAAUGGCCAUUAUCCAGCGGCUGCAGUGACAACGAUUGCGGUGAAUAUAUCACCAUCGCCAUCCCCGACUCCCCAGCCGAUUGUUGAACCUGUAGAACAGGUCGAGAAUAGCGUUACAGUCACCGUGGCUUCUCCAGAAGUUCCCCCCGUGGCUUAGGCCAGGCACGAUCGUUGAAGACAAACCAGAUCGACUAUAAAAAAGGCCUAAUGAGUAGUUAAGUAUUUUAGUUCUACAUCAUCGGCAACUCGACAUUCCAAGCGAUGCAUUUCUAGUUACGUAAGCCAAUCCUUGGGCCCGAACCCACUUCUGGGCUAGGCCGACUAAAAAGACUUUGUUCGCACUCUGUAGCCCUUAGCCCCGCUCAUUUCAUCGCCUAACUUAAGAGCAUAAACUUUAAAGUAAGCAUCAAUAAUAUACAUGCAAAAGAGAGUUCCACA